UGCCCGUCCAGGCCCCGUUCCAACAAGUCUGAGGUCCAUGGCUGGCUUGCUCUGCUCUGCCUUGACGCACCACCACCACCUCACCCUGCUCUGGAUAUUACUUUUUUCUCUUCACAUCGCCCGAGAACCCUGUUCGCCCUCUCCCCAAGCGUCCGCCGUAGCUUAGCGCUUCCUGAUUCCUCGCGCGGAUAUUUACCUGUCCCAUAUCCUCCAGCCUGCCUGCUGCCCCGCUCUCCGAUCUUACCUUACUUUACCUUUACCACCUUCCCUACCUACUUACCUUGCCUUACCUACCGCACCUCUCCCACCUUUUCCUCCAUCUCCAACCAACCAACUUUUCCCGCCUACGAAAAAAAAAAACACCCUCCGACCUUUUUGCGCCCAAACAGCCCUUUGCCUGCUUGCCUGCGCAGCCAGCUCGUUACUCUUGUGGUGGCACUCCCUGAUCAAAUUGCUAGAUCAAUCGACAUCAUGUCCAAACUCUUUGUUGGCGGCCUCGCAUGGCACACCGAUGAUGCGACCCUUCGCCAGAAGUUCGAGGAGUUCGGCCAAGUUGAAGAAGCUGUCGUCGUUAAGGACCGCGAUACUGGCCGCAGCCGCGGUUUCGGCUUCGUCCGCUUCGCCCAGGACUCCGAGGCCGAUGCUGCCAUGCAGAACAUGAACAAUGUCGAGUUCGAUGGCCGUACAAUCCGCGUCGACAAGGCCUCUGACCGCGCUGCAGGCGGCGGCGGGGGACGUGGUGGAGGCUACGGUGGUGGCGGCGGUGGUUACCGUGGCGGAGGUGGAUACGGCGGCGGUCAAUCCUACGGAGGUCGCGGCGGCGGCUACGGCGGCGGAGGUGGUGCAUCCUGGGGUGGCAACGGCGGUGGCGGUGGCUACGCUCCUCGCGGUGGCUACGGCGGCGGUCAAGGCUACGGCGGAGGUCAAGAUCAGGGCCAGAACGGUGGUGGUCAAUGGUAGACGU